AUGGGAAUCGACCUCGACCGCCACCAUGUUCGAGACGGGCACCGCAAGGUCCCUAAGUCCACCAACCCCUACGUCAGGCUGUUGGUGCGCCUUUACAAGUUCCUGGCUCGCCGUACCGAUGCCAACUUCAACAAGACCGUUCUGCGACGCCUCAUGAUGUCGAAGACCAACCGUCCCCCGGUCUCUGUUUCCAAGAUCGUCGCGAACGCCGCCAACAAGCACUCCGCCAAGGAGCACGCCGGCAAGACCGUCGUUGUUGUCGGUACCGUCACUGACGACAACCGCAUGCUCGAGGUCCCCAAGCUCUCCGUUGCGGCUCUCCGCUUCACCGCCUCUGCCCGCGCCCGCAUCGAGAAGGCCGGUGGUGAGUGCCUCACCAUCGACGAGGUCGCUACCCGCUUCCCCACUGGAUCCAACACCCUCCUCCUCCGUGGACCCAAGAACGCCCGUGAGGCCUUCAAGCAUUUCGGCUUUGGUCCCCACUCCCACAAGAAGCCUUACGUCGAGAGCAAGGGCCGCAAGUUCGAGCGUGCCCGUGGACGCAGAAGGUCGCGUGGUUUCAAGGUUUAA